AUGGUCAUCCUCGAGGAGAGCGACGCGAAGGAUACGAACGCGUUCGUCGAUGAGUUUGAGCGCCGCAAGCGCAAGCGCAUCUUCGCGAUCCUCGGCGCCGGCGUCAUGGUCGUCGGUCUCGCUGUCGCCGUCGUCGUGCUCGCCGGUGGCAGCGAAUCGCGCAGCAGCCAGAGCUCGGCCAACACACCGACAAAGGCACCCAACAGCAACGGCGCUGUGAGCGGCAACGGCGGCAACUCGGAAAGUAUGACGACGUCGACAACUCCGACAACCAUGCCUUUCACAUCGGUGCCCGUCGACGGCAGUGCCACGCCGAGUCCCACAAUGACUACACAUCAGCCCGGUUCAAACGGAGAACAAACGAGUGCCCCUGGCCCGCAACCGAGCAGCAAGCCUAGUUCCGCUCCAGGUCCCCCGCCCUCGUCAUCUGCGCCGUCGCCGAGCUCGACACCGUCAUCCCAACCAAAGCCCACCGCCCAGCCGAGCUGGCAGCCUCACCCUACCCGAGUCCUCAGCCUCAACCCGGCCCCCAGCCUCAACCCGGCCCCAAGCCUCAACCCGGCCCCCAGCCACAGCCAAGCCCCCAGCCACAGCCAAGCCCCCAGCCACAGCCAAGCUCCCAGCCGCAGCCCACCCGAAACCCAGUCCUCAGCCCCAGCCAUCUCCAUCGCCGUCGCCCGCUCCUCAGCCGGGUCCCUCAAACGGUGA